CAGAGGCUGAACAGGGUACGUAUUUGUAAGCUUGGAGUAGGGCCCCUCUAUAUAUUUUUCUCUAUAUAUUCGUAUAUUCAUUCAUUCUGCCCUCUACUUCUCCAGACAUCGUCCCGGUGUAUUUACUCGCUCAAUCCAAUCCAAACUUCAGCAUUUCUUCCUACCCAUCCACACAAAGAUGGGUGCUCUGGGCUCUCUCAACAGCGAUAUCGCACUGCCCUCUGACGGUGAGGAUACUAUCCAGUGUCUCUCAUGGUCACCUUCGACAAAUCAUCUCGCCGCCGCAUCCUGGGAUGGCAAGGUGCGCAUCUACGACGUCGCGUCGACCCAUUCGGUGCGAGGCGUCGCCACCCUCGCCGCUGAAGCGCCCGUCUUCAGCUGUGACUGGGCUAAGGAUGGAAAUGCGGUCGUCGCAGGAGGAGCCGAUAAGGCGAUCCGCAUCUUCGAUGCCUCCACGGGGCAGCAGCACGUGCUCGGCUCGCAUGCGGCGCCUGUGCGAGACGUGCGCUUUGCCGCCGUGCCGGACGCCAACGGCCCCAUUGUCGUCUCUGGGUCCUGGGAUAAGACCGUCAAGUUUUGGGAUGUAAGGGUGCGGCCUGGUAACGCGGUUGCAACCUUGCAGUGCGGCGAGCGCGUCUACUCGCUCGAUACGAAGGCGAACUUGCUGGUUUUUGCGACGGCUGAUAUGCUUAUUCACCUCGUGGAUCUCAAGAAGCCGACAACACUCCUCAAGACUGUGCGCACGCCGCUUAAACAUCAGACCAAGGUCGUUACAGCCUUUCCUGACGGGAAAGGUUGGGCUACGGCCGGCAUUGAAGGUCGAUGUGGGAUUAACGCUGUGGAGAAGGCUGAUGAAAAGAAUAUCAACUUCACAUUCCGCUGCCACCGCGAGACCACAGGCGAGAAGAUGAAGAAUACCGACGUCUUCGCCAUUAACGACGUCAAGUUCCACCCGCUGUAUACGACGACAUUCUUGACAGCUGGGUCUGACGGCACUUUCUCCUUCUGGGACCGUGUUGCGCAUCACCGGUUGCGCGGGUACCCUCCCGUCAUGGCCUCUCCCGGCAACACCACCGAUGCAAGCACACCUCGUUCCGCCGUCACGGCCACUUCGUUUAAUCGCGACGGGAGCCUCUUCGCCUACGCGAUUGGCUACGACUGGAGCCGUGGGUGUGUAGGCAAUACGCCGCGGACGGAGACCAAGAUCAUGUUGCAUGAUGUUACGGAUGAAGAUGCGAAGCCAAAGGGGAUUGGGCAAUAGCCAGGGAGGAUUAGAUGAGGGACCCGCUUGAGUUGUAAUAUGCCGGAAAUGUAUGGGUUUCCGUGUCAAGGCGGAUUAUGAGGCUGAGCGGAAUUUCUUGUUACAUCCCCUGAGAUGUGCUUUAUUUUUGUAGUGGGAAAUGGUUAUGAGUACUUGUUCAGUUGUUCGGAUAUUGGGGCGC